AUGGCCUUCACCACCAACGCAACCAUCACCAGCUUCGGUGGCCGCUUUCUCAAGCUCACUCACCAAUCCUCCGUCACGGGAACCCCCAUGAACGCGACCCUCUAUCUUCCCCCCUCAGCCUCAUCCUCCAAACCCGCUCCCCUCCUCAUCUACCUCUCGGGCCUCACCUGCUCCCCCGACAAUGUCACCGAGAAGGGCUUCCUGCACGCCCACGCCUCCAGCCUCGGCCUCGCUCUCCUCUACCCAGACACCUCUCCCCGAGGUCUUGACCUCCCCGGUGAGCACGACUCAUGGGACUUUGGCAGCGCCGCGGGCUUCUACAUCGAUGCCACCAAGGACCCCUGGAGCAAGAACUACAACAUGGAGUCGUACGUCUCCAAGGAGCUGCACGACCUCAUCUUCCAGGAGUUCAAGGAGCUCGACUCCUCUCGCGUGUCCAUCUCGGGCCACUCGAUGGGCGGCCACGGCGCCCUGACCCUCUUCCUCAAGAACCCGGGCAAGUACAAGAGCGUCAGCGCCUGGGCCCCCAUCUCCAACCCUUCCAAGUGCCCCUGGGGUGACAAGGCCUUCUCGGGCUACUUCGGCGACGACAAGGAGGAGUGGAAGAAGCACGACGCCACCGAGCUCGUCAAGAGCUGGAAGGGCCACUUCCCCGCUCUGAUUGACGUGGGUACUGCCGAUAACUUUUACAAGGCGGGCCAGCUUCUCCCCGAGAACCUCGAAAAGGCCGUCAAGGAGGCUGGCAUUGAGGGUCUCAACGUCCGCUACCGAGAUGGCUACGACCACUCGUACUUCUUCAUCUCCACCUUUGGCGAGGACCACGUCAAGCACGCCGCCAAGGCUCUCGGUCUUUUGUGA